ACUUAAAACGCACUUCCUCCAGCCUGGUAUUUUCCGGAUAUCUUACUUGUCCAAUCCAACGAAUGACAUGAGCAUAAAAAGCAUGAGUGCCGCAGAACGCCUCCCGCCAAUUCCAUCCCAACCUCCACUCCCUAAACCAUCCGUCCUUUUCUUUCGUUUUCCCUCCAUCAAAGAGCCGAGCCAAGUAAGUGUGCUGAUCAUGCUUAUUAUGAUCCUCCGCGUGCAUCAUUAUGCCCUUCUCAUUUUGCUCUCAACACCCACUUGACUCGGCGUCCUCAUUUCUCUGAUCAUUAUCCCGACCCCGGGACAUUAGAAGCCUCACAUCGCCUUCCCAACUCCACCCUUAGAAC